AUGAACGAUGUCAAUAUCCUCCAUCGACAUUCGACACAAACUGCGAUUGGCACUCGAGGUUUGAAUGGAUGUUCGGCAAUCGUUAUCUGCGGGACAGAGGCAAUCAUCCUGGCACACAUCGCACCAUAUCCUGGGGCGACACAGCCCGGGCCCCGCGACAUCGGACAAGAGAGCUACAACCACCACGCAGUCUACCUCAGCCGCGUUUCGAGCUUUCUUCAAACGCGUUCCCAGUCCUUCCCUCAAACGACCACAGCUUGGGGGGUUUUCAGUACAGACCCGGACGGCGGAUAUCUGCGACAUAUCGUUCAACAGGUGGAACGUCACCUGCAAGCCCUUGGCUAUAGAACGCAACGUACUUUCUACCAAGAGAUUGAAGUUCCCGACUUCCAAUCCCCCAAAGGCGAGGUGAUCAGCGGUUUCAAUGCCCGAGGAAGAGCAGAAUUAUGGGUAGAAGGCGGCAAACAUUGGGAGGCUUCGGCGACCGAGGCUACCUCAUUGACGUCGGCCGCCCAGUUUUGGCGAGGAUAUCCGGUGCGGAGGAACAACGACGGCCAGGCUGUCUUGGCUUGCAAGGUGAACGGCAAUCCCGCAGCGAUUCGAGUGACCUUCCCAGACGGAGUCGGACCUCCACGGGCUCUGGUGUCUGGUGUUUGGGUACAGACGGAACUUGAUGACAGAGCUACGCUUGUCAUUCGACAGGCCAAUAAAACCAUUCGCAUGGAGAAGCCUACUUCUCCUACAUAG